UAUCGCCUUAUCGUGACUGUCUUGUGACCUACAUUUCCAUAUCAUCAAUAUCAGUUGGGACUGUACGUAUCAAGAGGCAUUCGCGUAAUAAACACGAGGAAAAUGAAGUCCGCUUGUAUCGUGCUUUCCUUUCUCGUUUGUGUGACCUUACUCCCCAACAUUGCAGAAGGCAAGACAUGGGCUGUAUUGGUAGCUGGUUCAAACACUUGGGAUAACUACAGACAUCAGGUAUAGUUCGCUCACUUUAUUCAGAUCAAAUUCAUCGACCAUCUUGUAAUUAUAUAAGCAACUUGUUAGUUUGGUAUUAGGCAGCAUAUAGUUGAAACAGUUCUGUAAAUGUUGUUCUAUUAGUACUGAUCUAGUAUUAAACAAAUAAAACGUAUUAUGAGUACACUCUGCUAUUCUCGUGACUAUAUAUGUUUCAUAAAUCGGCGUAUAGAUCUUUCAACAACUAUACUGCUCCACUAGAACGACUGUAUAAACUAUACACUACAAACAAAACGAAAUCCAUGCCGGUGAAAAUAUGAGCUAGAUAUUGCGUUUUAAAAUGAAACAGUGUACAGCUGCUUUCGUUUUGAAGAAUUAGUUAUACACAUGACGAUCAAAUGACAACAUUACCCAUAAAGCAACUAGAUACGAUGUUGGUAACGGGAUACAAAUCAUCACAUGACACACGCGACGUUCUCGCGCCGCCUUGCUAGCGCUACACUCUCCUCCGCAGAGCCUUACGAAUUUUUAGUAACAUUACGUAAUAUUGCCUCUACUAUCCCUACAUUAUCCCUACAAUCCCUACUACAUUAUCCCUACAAUCCUAUAUAAUUGACUCUGCGGAGGAGAGUGCCCAGGCUAUAUUUCGUUCGUGAUGUUCAGGAAUACUAUCCCGAAAUGACGUCAAAAGGAUUAGAAUUGUAUUUUUAAAAAUUUAAUAUAGAGAUUACAGAAUAACAAUUGAAAAUGACCCGAUGUUAAUUGGUUUGAACAAGCGAUGUGAAUUAUCUAGUUCGAAACCUUAGCCAACUAAGCCAAGGACCAAGACUGCUCAAAAAAAAAGUUGAAAUUACUAAUUAAUGUAAGAGUCGAGACAGCAGGUAGAACUGUCUGAACCUCAGCACAAACUGAAUGAACGUCCCUGACUGCGUUACUUGUGUACAGGGGGCUUGAACCACGACACCAGUUUCUGGCCUAUGACUACAGUAUAUGUCUACAAUACACAUUUUAUGUUGCGUGUGCCAUGGGAGAAUUGCCCCGCUCCUAUUCUCUCGCUGGGGGUAGAAGGCAUAUUAGCUAGAGCCCUUCAAAAUAACUAUGUACCAAACCGUAUUUACUGCCAUGCUCAUUUGUGUAGAUAGCGUCUAAUAAAUCCUCUCUAAUAUAAAUAGACACCUUUCUAAUACGGACAUUCAGUGUCUUUAUUGAAGAGAUUUGAAAGCUGUGUACUGAGAGGGAUUCAAUUGCCUGAAAAAUACCAGUUAAUUAACCAUUCCGAAGUUGAUGAGUGGACUAGGGACGAGUGUUAAAAAGUGCCCAAAUUAAGAAAUAAACCAAAUCACUAAAAAGACCACCUCAAAAGUAGUAAGUAUGCAAAGUUUGAAGACGUUUAUAUGAAUACCCUUCGAAUAAUAAGCUUUCGAAAAUCGCGAUAUUUACUAUGAAAUGUACUGUAAUUUUUGUUUUUGGGGACGCGCGUCCCAAAAACAAUCUUUUAUUCAGUAAUUUCACAAUUUUCGAAAGCUUAUUAUUCGAAGGGUAUUCAUGUAAACGUCUUCAAACUUUGCAUGCUUACUAAUUUUGGGGUGGUCUUUAUAGUGAUUUGGGCAUUUUUUGUGAUUUCUUAAUUUGGGCACUUUUUAACACUCGUCCCCAGCUCACUCAUCAACUUCGGAAUGGCUAAUUGUAUAUUUCAAGUAGUUGAAUCCGUGUCAGUCUGCAGCGCUCUGCUGUCACUACUGUAUAAUUGAAGAGAUCUGUCUGUCCUCUUUGCUGUAAUACCCAAAAUUUACGUACCUGGUCCUGUAUAUUCCCUCUAGGCCGACAUCUGUCAUUCGUACCAAAUACUCCACAGAAAUGGCAUUCCUGAUGAGAAUAUCGUCGUGAUGAUGUAUGAUGAUCUUGCUCACAAUGAAGAUAAUCCAACACCUGGUAAAAUCAUUAAUAAGGUAUUUAAUUUAUUAACCCACAAUACACCACAUUUUAUUAUACUAUUCUGUGGUCGCACGAUGCAUAGAAAUUUUCCUCCUUUCCUAAAACUGCUACAUGGGCAUGGGGCCUGUACCCGAAGAGAAAUAAACCCCUUUUUUCCACUUUAAUACAUGAAGUGUUGUUUUUUCUAGCCUAAUGGACCCGAUGUUUACCACGGGGUUCUCAAGGAUUACACUGGAGCGGUAUGUGGGACUUUAUUCAGAAAUGGUUCAUUUUUGAACCAUCUACACACGCACAAAUCUCACAACUUGUCAACAAGAUGUGUUCGCAACAGGCUUGUAGCAAGCUUGUCAACAAGUUGUAACAAUGCUGUUAUUUUAUCAAGUUGCUACAAGGUUGUCACUCACAACUUGUUGAUAAAUUGUUGGAUUGCGCAGGACGAUAACAAGUUGCUGGAACAACUUGUAACAAUUCUGUUGGACUCAACAACCUUGUAGCAAGUUGUCAACAAGCAGUACGAACGUAUGCUGUUGACAAGUUGUUGGAACAGCAUUUCUACAAGUCUGCUGCAGGUUUGUUACAACUUGUGCGUUUUCACGUGUCAGUAAUAAAAUGUUCACCUUGACCUUUUCAGGCGGUUACUCCAAAGAACUUUUUGAACGUACUGAAAGGAGACAAAGACGCUUUGAGAGGAACUGGCAGUGGAAAGGUCCUUGGAAGGUAAGGAGAAUGUCUGACACCCGAAUAUAGUAUCUUAGCAUUGUCGUGCAGAUGGUGGUUAACUUGCAGCUAUCAGAGUAAAAUUAUGAUGUCAAAUGUCAAUUGAUUUCGUUUUAUUGUAUGUAGUAAUAAAAUACAUGAUAGUGUUGGGAAAGCAUUAAGAACAGCUAACCAAGAUCGCGUGACUGCCUCGUGCACUCUCAUCCUAGUUUCAUCCGGGGUUUAGUGCUUGCUCCUAGAGGUGUCAACAUUUUUUCGUGUUCCAUUCUGUGAUGCAUGAGCUUCAUGUGCAUACACUGUGGUAAUUUCGUUCUCUGUCAUGUAGUGGCCCAGAUGACGAUGUGUUUAUAUAUUUUGCUGACCACGGAGCGCCUGGACUUAUUGCUUUUCCUGAUGUCGCUCCAACAGUGAGUAUCUUCAUUAAACGUAACAUCUCUCAAUUUCUGUGUUCUUAAUUUGUGUUUAAUUCCAAGAAAUUACAUCUGACAACCAACACUUUUUGCUUUAGUUGAAGAAAAAGCAACUUUUGGAUGCCUUAAAAUUCAUGCAUGAAAAAAAGAAAUACAAAAAGGUACAGUAGAAAUAGAGUUCCUUUUUUGGGUUCCUGCUAAUUAUGGGUCAUUGUGGUUAAUAAUUAAGGCUCCAUGUGGCUAAUUAUGAUUUAAUGUUGCAAAUUAUGGGUCGUUGUUACCAAUUAUGGGUCAUCAGUUACUGGUCAUUUUAAAAUUACAAACGUUUCUUUAGAUGGUAAUAUACAUUGAAGCUUGCGAAUCAGGGUCAAUGUUCUCUAACGGCGGACUGCCCGAUGAUAUCAAGAGUUAGUAUGAUUUAAUGAUUAUGUUCAAAGUUCGAACGAUUGGCAAUAAUUCCGGGAACAAAUCGUGCUUGUCUUCCCGACGUCAUUAAUUUUUCAUCUCGCUACCUACAGAUUUUUAGCAAAAACGGACCUCAGCAUCGAAAUCGUCAUGCUCAUACUAGUUUAUAGCGAAAAUUUCAUGUUUGGACAUUCAGGGCACGAGUUAAGGCCGUUUUCCACUAGGCGGAGUUUUCCGCGCGGAGCGGAAUUUCUCUUUGUCUUUUCUAAUUAGUUCCACCCGAGAAAUCACAAGACAAGGACAAUUUCCGCUGCGCGCGGAAAAUUUCCUCCUAGUGGAAAACGGUCUUUACGUCGUUUUGAACAUUUUGUUUUCCCUAUACAUUUGACCGCAGUUUCCGCUGCAAUGUCCAAACAUCAUGAAAUUCUGAGUUCCAUUUCCGCCAAAUAGCAAGAUGAAAAAUCGAUAACGUGAACUCGGAUCGGAAAAUAUUGUAUUUACAUAUGUACGUUUGUACAUAGAGAGAGCAUCAUCCGUGUCUAGUAUAAAUCAAGCUAUCUAUAUUUUCCUGUCUCAACAUAAUUUCCUCUUUUUCCAGUCUUUGCCACGACUGCUGCAAACCCACAUGAAUCAUCUUACGCCACGUACUGGGAUGAAAAGAGAGAAACAUACCUUGGUGAUCUCUAUAGUAUUGCCUGGAUGGAAAACUCAGACAAGGUUAGACUACACCUGUAUAUGAAAAUAUAAAUGAAAAAAUAUAGUUAAUGUAAUAUUGGUCAUUUUACAAUUCCAGUCAAACCUGACCAAAGAGACGCUUCAACAACAAUUUCUAAAAGUUAAAAAGAGGACAAACUUGAGCCACGUCCAGGAAUAUGGAGAAAAGGUGCGCCAGAUGUUGAACGCAUGCUCUUAUAAAACGUUAAUAACCAGUGUGCUGUAGAUCAUAUGUGCCAGUACAUAUGAAAUAUUAUGAAAGCUUAAAAACUCAUUAAUAAUUCAUGAGGAAAAGACAUGUUAAUCUACAUAAACUUUAGACAAAGUUGAUUUUUUUUCGCCAAUGAACUCAUAGGAUGGGUCAUUUUUAAGCGAUUUGAAACACUCGCAGUCUUUACCAGAUAUACGACACUUGCCUGUCGCCUCGUGUUCUCAAUAAAACACUCGUGUUUUAAAUAGAACUGAAGUUGACAAGUCUGCUGUGUAGAUCAUGUGCAAUAAUGAAAUAUUAUCAUUCAAGCAUAAAAAUGCUUCAUUACAAUCGUUUAUCCAUGUAGGACAUCUCAAGUGACCCAGUGAUCGAUUAUCAAGGAGAAGGUCGUGGAUCCUGGUUG